AUGGAAGAUCUCGUAGUCCACAGAUGUCGUGAGCUCAGCAAGUUGCCAAAGGCAGCGAAACCUAGAUCUGUGAACUUCAGGCGUACCACACCAGGAUCGCUCACGCCUUUCUUUAACACCGAUGUAGAAGCAUUUUGUGGGCCCCUGGAUCCCAGCCAUCCUGCCAGCCGCCUCCGUCAGCCCGUGCUCUACCGCACAGUGCCAACCGCGCACGCCAACGGCUUCAUCCUGCGCGCGGUCCCCAAGGCUGUUUUGCAUCGGGUGCCGUAUCCCUGGCCGGACCCGCCCUUCCGCCCUGCGUCUGAGCGAGGACCUGACGCGGGUCGCAUAAACAUGUCGCUGCUGAAGGUCCUCGGCAAGAAUGUCAGCCGCUCGGCGGUCGUGCGCAAGCGCAUUGGGUACCGCGUGAAGACUGCGUUGGGCCUCAUCGUGUCUCGUGGGGCUGAUGUCGAGCUGGACACGAAGGGCAGAGAGCGUGUCGUGUUCAGGCAGGAAGACGCUGGGCAGAAAUGGGUGCUGCAAGACUGGACGUACUAUAUGUUGCCCACGCUCGAACUGUACCGCAUGCCGAUCCAGACUCUAAUUCCUUCUCUUCGACGCGCGCUCAUCACGGUCAACCAGAGAGCUCGGCAGCUGGAUGAGAGGGGCUGGCAAAGAGUGGCCUCGCCGGAUGGCAAGGCUAAGAAGCUCGAUCGUCUGGCCGAGCAGUCGUGA